AUGACAAGCCAGCCGUUCAGCUUUCGCGGGCCAUCACAGUCUGCGCCCGAUUCCCUUACCCAAUCGUCCGCACAUUUCAGUUUUAGAGUUAUCGUACCAUCGAUAGAGACUGCGGACGAUGAUCUGGCUUCGUCAAGAGGACAGGUGCAAUCACCGUCUUCUGGCUCGGAAGAUCGCAGUCAGCCUGUAUACACACCAAGCCGGGGCACCGCUACUCCAUGCCAGCAUUCUAGCUCGAGUUUAAGUAUCAACAGGUAUAUGCAGGCGUUCACUUUCCAAGGGUUCUCAAAUUCAUCACCUAGCACUGGCCUGUCCCCAGGACAGUCUACCUCCACCUAUGCGGACUUGUAUAACGCAACCCCAGAACCAACUACGCACCGUGGGACAACAUUCGACACGGCAGACAGUCUGGCAGGGCAUCUGCGGAAUCUGCCUCUGGACUCGGACGUUGAUAACGAUGAAAUAAGCGACACUAGGAGUGACGAAGAAGCUGAUACCGAUACCGAUGACGCUUCCCUGUUCGACGUGCGGCAUGAACGAUUGCCUCGCGCCCGUAUAUACAAUGCCGGCCUUCAGACCGUUCUCCUGGAUGUGAAAAACCAGCUAUCAGCUCUCCACGACGAUAUGGGCCGCUAUCCUCUCUCCCAUGUCCAUGACUCGGAUCUUUCUGAGCUGUACAGGCAGGUGCACAAGUUGAGCGAGGUUGAAUGUCCCGAAACACGGACAGUGGGAUUCAUAGGAGACUCGGGGGCCGGUAAGAGCAGUGUCAUAAAUUCACUGCUGGACAAGGACGGCCUUGCCCGAUCGAGUGGCGAUGGCGCAGCGUGCACGUCGGUAGUGACCGAAUUUCGAAACGUGGAUGCACGCCAUCCUGAUCGAUAUACCAUCGAAGUUGACUACAUGAACGCAGAGGAAGUAAGGGAACUGUUGGAGGAGCUCCUCCAAAGUUUCCGGAUGUUCUCUUCCGAUCUGUUUCGCGAAGAGGAAGAUAAUAGCAACGUCAGCGUAGAGGAGAUGAACCAGAUUCGCGAGCGAUCUGAAAGAGCAUGGAGCACGUUGAAGUCCAUGUUUCGGGAUCGCCCAGACCUUACGCGCGAGUUCCUUUGCGAGCAGGGAGAUGGAGCGUUGUCGAGGAUAGUCGAGACACUCAAAGAAUGGGCAGAUAGCUCGAUCAUGCAGCGUCCUGGGGGUGCAUCGCUUCAACAUACGAUCAUUGCCAGGAACUGCGAAGAGUGCAAGUCCGAACUUGAUUCAUUGACCAUGGAUCCCAGCGAUGAUGGGCAAAUUGCAGUCUGGCCAUUCAUCAAAUUGAUCAGGGUAUACCUUCGAUCGCCCGUUUUGAGGACCGGAUUAGUGUUGGCCGACUUACCUGGCUUCCGUGAUCUUAAUUUCGCGAGGAUUCGGGCGACUGAGAGGUACCUCAGGCACUCGUGCAAUGAGGUCUUUGUUGUGACGGCUAUUUCACGAUGCGUUACUGACCCCAGCAUUGACGAGAUCAGACGAAGGUGUACCAAAGGCCAACCGCUGCGCAUAGUGUGUACACGAAGUGAGGACAUAAAUGCGACUGAAAGAGCACGCCACUUUCCUGAGAUUGCGGCACAGGUAACUCGGCUGAAAGAGAGAGUAGAUAGUCUUAAUCGGAAGCUCGCUAGGCUGCAACGGCCAGGGCAUACGCGGAAGGCCGGAGACGGCAAAAUACUCCAGUAUCUGUGGGUUUCUUCUCCAUGCGCGCAGCAAUCGCCCUAUGUCACUGCUAAUGAUUCCGCAUCCAGGGAGAGCGCGGAGGAUGCGAAACUUGAGUUGGACCGAUUCCUGAUCCAGGACAGGAACCAGCGAGUAACCAAGCAGCUGUCCAAACACGGUGCAGAAGUCCGAAUCUUCUGCGUGAGUAAUCGACUGUAUUCUGACCACCAGCAAAGUGGCAGGAGGCAAGCCGAUGCCUAUAUUGAACUCAGCGGUAUUCGUAACCUUCGCCAAUACUGCCAGCUCGUUCCAGCAGAGGCACAGUUUCAGUUCGUCGCAGCAUUUUUAGAGCACCGCGUACCGGCCGUGGUGAAUUCUGUUCGACAAUGGGCCAUUGCCGGUGAGGAUAACGUCACCACAGAGAGAGCUGCAGCUCUGAGGCAAGUCUUGCUCGAUGUCGAGAGGGUCUUUCGUGAGAGGCUCAUUGGACGCGAUUCAGAGAUACAGGCUUUUUCAAGAAGACUCGAAGAUCGGUACGAGACCGACAUCCUAAAUAUAGCCCAAGCACGGCUUUCUGAGUGGAAGCGUAGCGCACUGCAAGCCAGUAUGGUUUGGGAGACCUGGUAUCACUCCACUUACGCCGCUUUCUGUAGAAAAAACGGCACGCAUUCGACGGGGGCAGCCGGUUAUCAUUGCUGGAAUGAUGAACUUUUGGAAGCAAUGAGAACUGAUCUGGAAGAAAAAUGGAACGCCAUCGAGAUUUCUAUUCACGGGCAAAUCGCUACCCUGAGAGGAGCUGUGAGAAGGGCAUUUGAAGAGAGCUCUAAGAAAUUAAACGACAGUAUACAACUCGCUCCCAUAGCUUUGGGAAACUUGGUGGAUAAUAUGAGCGCCCGCGAGGCCUGCAUAACGACGAGCAUCCGUCAGUCGCUGGAGAAAUUGACUCAGGAAUCAAGUCGAGUAAUGAUGGAUGCUCUGUAUGGCCACGCUGCUAGCUCGUACAUGGCAGGUCUGAUGCGGCCGGCAUAUAAUCUGUGCAACAGCGAAGGAGGCAGGGGAUCCGAUGCCCGACGCAAAGGACAUAUGCGGCUCCACCUCACGAGCUCGAAUAUCUUUGACAGCCUGAUUGAUAGUAUGGAGGCAGAUCGCCGUAAUCUGGCCAUGGAGAACUAUGCGGAGCUGAACCGAACAGUAAGUGAGGAGGUGCGGAAUAUAUGCAACGACCUCCACUCGGUCGUUGCCGAGGAGGGUGAGGUUGCAGAGGCUACGAGGUUCCCUGAACUGGCGACUUCUCUGCGGAGGAGGGUUCAGAUGGCCCAGCAGACUCUCACACGAGCACAGAGAAUAGUUGGUGAGUUACGGCAUGCACAGCAGUGA